GUGACAGAACUGUCAACUAAAACCAAAACACUCAAACAUGACUAAGUUCAUCUGCACCGCACUCGUGCUGGCCUGCGUUGCCAUCGUGGCCGUCAACGGCCAGUACAAGACGAGCGUCAAGUGCACCUCGCUCAACGACUGCAUCUGCCAGCUGCCGUGGAUCAUCGGUGCCGUGAAAGGGCGUACGGCUAAGGCUUCCAUCCAGGCCUCGGCCAGCUCCGACCCGAUCACGGUCGACUUGUCCCAGCAGGCCAAGUCCGUCGAGGACUACUGCGCGCAGGUGCGCCAGGGAAAGCAACCGAGCGCGCUCCCCGUGUUCAACAAGCCUCCCGCGCCCGUGAACACUGCCAAGCUGGCCCAGGUUCAACAGCUCCUGGCUGCGCGAGGCUAAGGUCCACUUGCGCUCCCGGCGGCGGCACACAGGCGGACCGUGGGGAACAACGGGGGGGGUCUCCACCAUCACCACCGCCGAGCACUGCGGCGCCACUUU